AGCGCCGGGGGCCUUCCGGGGAGUGGAGUGGGCGCGUGGCGAUGGCGGCGGUGCCGGUCCUGAAGCACUGGCGAACCACGCUGGAGCGGGUGGAGAAGUUCGUGUCGCCGCUCUAUUUUACCGACUGUAACCUCCGCGGCAGGCUCUUCGGGGACAGCUGCCCUGUGACUGCACUCUCCAGUUUCCUGACGCCGGAGAGGCUUCCUUACCAGGAGGCAGUGCAACAGGACUUCAGCCCCGCGCAGGUCGGCGACAGCUUCGGACCCACGUGGUGGACCUGCUGGUUCCGGGUGGAGCUGACCAUCCCGGAGACAUGGGUGGGCCAGGAAGUUCACCUUUGCUGGGAAAGUGAUGGAGAAGGCCUGGUGUGGCGCGAUGGGGAACCUGUCCAGGGUUUGACCAAAGAGGGUGAGAAGACCAGUUAUGUCCUGACUGACAAGCUGAAGGAAGGAGACCCCCGGAGCCUGACCCUCUAUGUGGAAGUAGCCUGCAAUGGGCUCCUGGGGGCCGGGAAGGGAAGCAUGAUUGCAGCCCCUGACCCUGAGAAGAUGUUCCAGCUGACCCGGGCUGAGCUGGCUGUAUUCCACCAGGAUGUCCACAGGCUCCUGGUGGAUCUGGAGCUGCUGCUGGGCAUAGCCAAGGGCCUUGGAAAGGACAACCAGCGCAGCUUUCAGGCCCUGUACACAGCCAACCAGAUGGUGAACGUGUGUGACCCUGCCCAGCCUGAUACCUUCCCACUGGCCCAGGCCCUGGCCUCCAAGUUCUUUGGCCAACGUGGAGGUGAAAGCCAGCACACCAUCCAUGCCACAGGGCACUGCCACAUCGAUACAGCCUGGCUUUGGCCCUUCAAGGAGACCGUGCGGAAGUGUGCCCGGAGCUGGGUGACAGCUGUACAGCUCAUGGAGAAGAACCCCAAGUUCAUCUUUUCCUGCUCCCAGGCGCAGCAGCUCGAGUGGGUGAAGAGCCACUACCCUGGCCUGUAUGCCCGGCUCCAGGACUUCGCUGGCCGUGGACAGUUUGUACCUGUGGGGGCCACCUGGGUGGAGAUGGAUGGGAACCUUCCCAGUGGAGAGGCCAUGGUGAGGCAGUUCCUGCAGGGCCAGAACUUCUUUCUGCAGGAGUUUGGGAAUCUGUGCUCGGAGUUCUGGCUGCCGGACACAUUUGGCUACUCAGCACAGCUCCCCCAGAUCAUGCGUGGCUGUGGCAUCAAGUACUUUCUGACCCAGAAAUUGAGCUGGAACUUGGUGAACUCCUUCCCGCAUCAUACCUUUUUCUGGGAGGGGCUGGAUGGCUCCCGUGUGCUGGUUCACUUCCCACCUGGAGAUUCCUAUGGGAUGCAGGGGAGCGUGGAGGAGGUGCUGAGGACCGUGGCCAACAACCGGGACAAAGGGCGGACCAACCACAGUGCUUUCCUCUUUGGCUUUGGGGAUGGGGGUGGAGGCCCCACCCAGACCAUGCUGGACCGCUUGAAGCGGCUGAGCAAUACUGAUGGGCUGCCCAGGGUGCAGCUGUCGUCUCCGGGACAGCUCUUUUUGGCACUGGAGAGUGACUCAGGACAGCUGUGCACAUGGGUUGGCGAGCUCUUCCUGGAGCUGCACAAUGGCACCUACACCACCCAUGCCCAGAUAAAGAAGGGGAACCGGGAAUGUGAGCGGAUCCUGCACGAUGUGGAACUGCUCAGUAGCCUGGCUCUGGCCCGCAGUGCCCAGUUCCUAUACCCAACAGCCCAGCUGCAGCACCUCUGGAGGCUCCUGCUCCUGAACCAGUUCCAUGAUGUGGUGACUGGAAGCUGCAUCCAGCUGGUGGCAGAGGAUGCCAUGUGCCACUACAAAGACAUCCGUUCCUACGGCAACGCACUUCUCAGCGCUGCGGCCACAGCCCUGUGUGCUGGGGAACCAGGCCCUGAGGGCCUCCUCAUUGUCAACACACUGCCCUGGAAGCGCACUGAAGUGUUGGCGCUGCCCAAGCCUGGCGGGGCCCACAGCCUAGUCCUCAUCCCCAGCCCUGGUGACAGUGCCCAGCCUGGGCUAUGUUCCAGCUCCUGCCCCCACCUCACUGCAGCCUCUGCUGCCCCAGCAGCCUGUGUUCGUAGUGCAAGAGCCCCUACAGACUCAGCUUCAAGGUCCCCUCCCACCAAGACUGAUGGUUCCGUGACUUUGGACAAUGGCAUCAUCCGGGUGAGGCUGGACCCAACUGGCUGCCUGACAUCCCUGGUCCUGGUGGCCUCUGGCAGGGAGGCCAUUGCAGAGGGUGCUGUGGGGAACCAGUUUGUGCUGUUUGAUGAUGUACCCCUGUAUUGGGACGCGUGGGACGUCAUGGAUUACCACCUAGAGACACGGAAGCUCAUUCUGGGCCAGGCAGGAACCCUGGCAGUGGGCACUGAGGGUGGCCUACGAGGCAGUGCCUGGUUCCUGCUGCAGAUCAGCCCCAACAGUCGGCUCAGCCAGGAGGUUGUGCUGGACAUUGGCUGCCCUUAUGUCCGCUUCCACACUGAGGUGCACUGGCAUGAGGCCCACAAGUUCCUGAAAGUGGAGUUCCCUGCCCGUGUGCGUAGUCCCCAGGCCACCUAUGAGAUCCAGUUUGGACACCUGCAGCGACCCACCCACUACAACACCUCUUGGGACUGGGCUCGAUUUGAGGUGUGGGCCCACCGUUGGAUGGAUCUGUCAGAGCACGGCUUUGGACUGGCCCUGCUUAAUGAUUGCAAGUAUGGCGCGUCAGUGCGAGGCAGCGUCCUCAGCCUCUCACUCUUGCGGGCGACUAAGGCCCCAGACGUCACUGCUGACAUGGGGCGCCAUGAGUUCACCUACGCGCUUAUGCCGCACGAGGGCUCAUUCCAGGAUGCUGGCGUUAUCCGCGCUGCCUACAGCCUCAACUUCCCCCUGUUGGCGCUACCGGUCCCAGGUCCAGCGCCCGCCACCUCCUGGAGUGCCUUUUCUCUGUCCUCCCCAGCAGUCGUAUUGGAGACCAUCAAGCAGGCAGAGAAGAGCCCCCAAAGCCGGGCGCUGGUCCUGAGGCUGUAUGAGGCCCACGGCAGCCACGUGGACUGCUGGCUGCAUACCUCACUGCCGGUUCAGGAGGCCAUCCUCUGUGAUCUCCUGGAGCGGCGAGACCCUGCUGGCCACCUGCCCCUUCAGGAUGCCCGCCUGAAGCUGACCUUUUCUCCCUUCCAAGUGCGGUCCCUGUUGCUGGUGCUUCAGCCUCCACCAAACUGAGUCCUGGGGGUGGGGUUUUGCUUGUGGAAGGCUUUGGGGAUUCAUUUUUGCCUCCUCAGCCUGAAGCAAGGAUCAGUUGCCUCUUGUAC